AUGGUAGAUGACAACAUUAAAAAAUCUAAACAAAGCUAAACAUUCAAAGAUUUAUCUAUUUUAUUCUACACGUAGUAAAUAGCUUAAAUAAUCAAGUCUUAUUAAAGAAGCAAUUUUAUUGGCAUUAUGCUUCUAGUGAUAUAUUAUUCAUAAUUAGCUAGCAUGCUUUUUGAAGAAAAGGUCAUUUAAAAUGUUACAAUUUCUGACAUCAGUUAAAGAAAUUCUCUAUUUUAAGUAUCUUAGUAUAUAAGAUGCUCUAGGAUCUACACAAUACAAGAAGUUAUAGCAGAGAGAAGUGAAAAUCUUUAUAGUAGAAGUAAUAAUAAUGAAAGUAGUAGUAAUAGUGAUGAAGUGGAAAUAGCACAAAGUUAAAUUAAUUUUAGUAUUUUUGGCAUCAGCUAUAACUUUUUUGUUAUGGCAUAUAUCAUGAUAUAAUAUACUCUUUGGAUUAUGAGCCAUAAUUAUCAAACAAGCAGUAAAAAUGAAUAGAGUAUUCAAGAAGAAUAAAUAAAUAAUGUAGUUAAAAAGAAAUUUAAUUUGUAAAACUAUUCAUUUAUGAAAAAGUUCUUCAAACCUAAUGGACCUUUAAAUAAAUUUGUAUCGAUAAUAUUUUAAACAUACAGAUAUACUGUUACAAUACCAUUCAGUGUUGUAAGCUUAAGUAUGAUUUUCAACACAAAUUCUAAUUUAAAUGAUUAGCUUGCACAGGAAUUUAGAAUUCUGUUAGGUGUUUCAUUAUUUUUGUCUACUUUUAUAAUUAAUUUACUAAUCAUUAUAAAUGACUUUGAUUAUUCAAUACGUUAUCGUGAUUUUUUUGGAUCAAGAGUAAACAAUUUUAGAUGGGUCUACUUUUCCUUAGAUCUGCUGGCUUCUUACUGUUGCACAUAAUUAGAAAACAACAUGAAUAUCAAGCUUUAUCUAUGGAUUCACAUACUAUAAUCUUUAGCAAGAUUAACAAUUUUAAUAUACGAAUUUCCUUUUUUCUUUGAAUUAGCUUAAAAUUGUCAUUUCUGUGGCUCGUUUAGUUAUCUGCUGAUUUCAAUUUUAGAAAUAUUUUCAAUCUAAGUUGGCUAUAAAACUUCAUUUUCCUUUUUGCUGCUUUCGUUGUUACCUAUCACUUUAAAGAUUAGCAGCAUGACUUUGAAGUGGAGAGAAUCUUUCUACACUGCAUUUAUUAGUGAAAAAAAUAUUUAAAAUAUUUCUGCUUUCCACCUAGAGUACUACAUGAGAAAGGUAUUAAUACCACUUUGCUAACUUGAUAUAGAGUAAUAUAUUAGUAAGAAAUUUGAGGGUUAAGGGAUUAAAUAUGAAACAAUUUACACAUAACACAUUAUUUACUGCUAAGCAAGAGGCGUGUAAGACUAAAAUAGAAAUUAAGAUCAAAUUAAAAAUGCUAAUGAUAAAUAACAAAAACAAAACUCUGAAGAAUUUUAAUGUUUUUGCUAAAAAUAUUAAUUAUCUGAGCUAAACCUUAAUAACAUGAAUGGACAUCAAUAAAGAAAAUAAUUUAUUGUUGAAUAUAUUUACUAUUUGCUAAAUUUAUCUUUUAACAAAAAUUUUCAAGGCUAGCAUAACUACGAGCAAAGAUUAACUAAAAAAAAUUCUCCUCAAAGUGUAUUAUUUUUAAAAGAAAUAAAACCUACCUACAUAUAUUAUCUGAUCCAAGUAGCUUCUACUCCUGCAAAAGCCUAUACUGAGGUAUUCACUAUCAAAUAAAAAUACAAUUAAAUGACUAUUCAAGAGUAGUAUAUGAUAGAAUUAACAAUACAAGACUUAAAUUAUGAAUUUUUGUCCUUCUUUGACCAUUCAAUAUAUCAAAACCAAAGACUUAAAAUUGGUGAUGUUUACUAAUUUGAUCAUGCUUAUAGAGAUUCAUUUAGUGAGUUGAGCAAAGGCUUAAAAAUAAAGCAAGAAUUCUUUUAAUUCUUGAAUCAAGAUUCCAUCAUCUUAGAGAAUUUAACUAAUAAAUCCUAAAAAACAGUAAUUUAAAUUCAAGUAAUUGAAGAUUCACUUAUAAAUUUAUUAAAAAUGAAUCCUUUACAUUAAAGGACACUGUAGCUUUCUUCCAUCUUUUUAGAUCACUUUGACUUCAAAAAAAGAACUUUAACUUCAUUAAUUUUGCAGGCAACCUAUUAAAAUGAACUUGAAAACCCACAUUAAAUAAGAAACGAAUUAGAAAAAAGUGAUUUUAAAAUAAAUUUAUUUCAUUAAAAAUCAGCAGCAGCAUUCUUUUUAUCUCUAUAAAAUAAAACAAUCUUAAGAUCUUCUGAUUCUUUUUCUUAGCUAUUUGGUGUAAAUAGUUCUGAUAUUAUUGGAAAGCCUAUUUCCCUUUUAUUCCCUGAUUAUUAUUUUCCUCAUAUUAGCAGCUACAUAGAGAGGCUUGUUGAAGAAGCAAACAUAGAUUUGAUUAAAAUCGGUUUAUAUUAUACAUUUAUCAGAACUGCAAAAGAAAGUUUGUAUCCAGUAGUUAUGAGAGUUAAGUUGGAUUUUUUAAAUGAGCAGACAUUUGGGCUAUCAUGCUAUAUGCAAAGAAUUGAGAAUGACAAAUUUUACAUUAUAUGUGAUUCGAAUUUCAAAUUUUUAGAUGCUUCUAGCUAAUUAAAAACCCUGCUUUUAAAAAAUUUUCAACAAAACAAAAAACGCAAGAAUACUUCAGAUCUAUUAUAGAAAGUUAAUGUCAGAAAUUUUAUUCCUAUUCUUUAUGGAAUAGAAAAAUUCUAAGAAUUAAAUUAGUUUGAUGAGAAAUCUAAAUCUUAUUAGAACUAUGAAAGAUAGACAAAUUUUUAGUAAUUUAACUCUAUUCUUUUUUUACCAACAAAUAAGCCUUAGUUGAGUAUGCUCCAGAAAUAAGUCAAAUAAGAAAUUUAUGAUGUAAGCUAAUAUUUCAAGGAGUUUAAACCUUCUGAGUUUGAUUCUGUCUAAAAAUUUAAAAAAAUUCAUGAAAUAAAUGAUCAUUUAGAUUAAAUUAAAGAGAAGUUUUAGAAGUAUUUUUCUCAUCCAGUGGAAAUCUAAGAAUAUGAAAACACUUCCAAGAAUAACUCAUUUAUCAAGGAGAUUUAGAAUUACACAACUUAAGAAACUUACUUCAAGAUUGAUAACUAACCCUCUGAAGCAAAAGAUAAAGAAGAUUCAUAAAAUAAUACUAAACCAGAGGUUAAUACUUUACAAGAGAUAGAUUAUUUUGAAUCUAAUUACCUUCAUGAAUCAAAAAAAAAAGAUUAACUUAUAGAAAAUGAUGUAAUAAACAGUAUCGAAAAAUAAUCCUCCAAAUAUUCAGAAAAACCUAAUGAAUUGAAUAAUGAAGACUUUUAAUAGAUCCAAAAUUUAUAUCCAGAUUAAUUGCAGCAAUAUUAUGAAAAUUAUUAAGCUGCUGCUUAUUAAAAUGAAUAUAGUCUUUGGCCAAUAAGUUAAAAAGACAUUCCUUAUGGUUAAGAGAAUUAAAACCAAUCAGAACAUCAAAUAAUGAGAGAAAAAGGAGAAUACAUAAAUAAUUUAUAAAGUUACAAUUAGCUUGGUUACUAAAAUCACAAUAAUGAAGCUACUUAGUCAGAUUUGAUCAAUAACUCUGAUCAAAAAAAUCAUUAAAAAUUUUAGAAAAAAUUAUAGAAGCUAAUCAUAAAAUCUCCCAGAGCAUCAAAUAUAAAUGUUAUUUCAAUAGAAGAUGAACAAAAAUAUCAGCAUUUUGCAUCACCAAAAUUUGGUUAAGAAUUGGUUUCACCUUUGUCAACUCAUAAAGAUAAUGAAGAAUCAUAGAGAUAUUUUGUUAAAAACUCACCAAACAAAGAUAAUUUCUAAAAUUCACAAAGCGCUUCCCAUCUUAUUAACGGUAGUCUUAUUUCUCCAACAAUUAAAGUUAAUGAAAUGUACUAUGAAUCGACGAUUGAUGACAAAUAAUCUCAGAAAAAUUAGAUAAUUCACCCAUAGAGUUUUCAUAAUUCAAAAAACAAUGAGAAGUUACUUUAACUGUAGCCUAUUUCCAUAGAUUAGUACUCAGUUAGUCAUACUUCAAUUGAACAAGAAAUUAAAAACAAUAUACAGAUUGGACACAAAUCCAUACUAUCAAAAAGCCAAACUAACAGAUAGCUUAGCAGAAAGGAAAUACAAACAUUAGAAAGAAAUGUCACUAAAUUAUAUAAUGCCUAAAAUACAAAAAACUUUAAAUAUGAUGGAGAAGAUGAUGAAAGAGGCGAAAGAAGAGAUCAGUAUUCAUAGUUUAAAAAAAUUUCAGAUUUAGGGAUUUAAGAGUCUGAACACAGUAAGAGACAAGAAAAAACUGGAUUUUAGAAUAAUGCGAUUUUAAAAAAAAUGUUUGACUCUUAAUUAUUUUUUAAAAGACAGUUUUUGAGCGACAUGGUUACAAAGCGAUAGGAACUUAUUCAGGUCAAGUAUGCCAGAAAUGUAGGACUCUUUUUUCUUGUCCUUUUAGUUGCAAUCAGCACUGGACUCUAUUUAACUUUAGUGAGUUAUUUUAAUAAUGGAUGGGAUUAUUUUAAAGAUAUGUUGAUAGGUUAUGACAUACUUGAGAGUUACUCUUAGGCGAUUAGAUAAAAAGAGUUAUUACUCACUUUAUAAAUGUAUGGCAUACCUGGGUAUAAUUUACAUAAUCAGACAUAAAUAUUAUUGGAAACACAAGAAAGAGAUUAUCGUUAAAUAUAACUCAGAUAACUCAUCGAUUAUUUUAUAGCUAAUUGUGUUAAUAAAGGAUUUGAAAAGUAUAUGCUUGAAGAGGAAAUUCAAGUCUCUUUUCUAACAAAUUAAAAUUAACCAAUUAAGCAUUUAAAUUUCACAAGAAUCUAUUCAUUGCUUAAUAUUCCUCUUUAUUUAUGGGACUAUACCUUAACGAAUAACCAAGAUUCUUAGACGUAUAUCCUCGAAAAUUAUUAUAACAUUAUGGAUAUGAUAGCUUACAUAGUGAAUAUAUCUAGCACGACAUCAUAUAAUAAAAUAAAAAGCUCAGAAAAUCUCUUAUAUUUGAGUAUUACACUUAUCGAAUUGUUUUCUUUAUUGCUGAUCAUGCUUGUUUUUCCUAUUUAUUAUAUUGUUUAAAGUAAAAGAGAAGAAAUUCUCAAACUCUUAGCAACUUUUGAUUCUAAUUUUCUUGAAAAAAUAAUUUAAAAAUGUAAUCUCGAACUCCUUGAAAAUAAAUAAAACUUUGGUUCUUCUAAAACUUUGAGAUCAAUCAAAACUAAUAAAAACGUUAGUUCUAAAAACAUUCUUUCCUAAACAUAAAUAGGAAGCGGGUAGAUUUUAGCUUCUUCCUAAUUUAAGAGAUUAAAUAAAAAAAGAAAAGCCGUCUCUUAAACAAAUAGUCUGCAAAAUUUAUUCUAUAACUAACUAUUUUCUAACGAGGAACUUCUUUCAAACAUUCAAUUACAAUAUUCAAGAGAAAGGGAUAUAUCAGUACUUAAAUAGUUCAAAGAAAAAAUACUGGAUUAAUAGCUUUAAGAAAGAAUAACUGACCUUUAUAAAGUUGAUGAAACCUUUUAAAAAGAUAGAAGCUAAAUGGAUAAGUAUAAGUAAGACUAUUUGAUGACUAUUAAAGAGGAUGCCUGCUAAAUCCUCAUUGAUAACUACAAUAUCUAGUCUAUGGAUUCAAAAGCUAAUAUGUAGAAUCAAAUAAACGAGACAUUUGAUCCAAAAGUAGAUCCUAAUAAAUGUUCGAGCAUCCUAAAUGGGAAAUUGAAGCAAGGAUUAACUAUAACCUUGAAAGAAUUAAUAAAUGAAAUCAAUUAGUUAUACCUAGUUUUUACAUCUACAAAUGAUGAACAAGAGUUGUUCCUUACCCUCAUUCCGAUAGAGAAUUUAGUAGAAAAUUAAUAUGUUAUUUCCUUCAUUAAUAAAUAAAUUCCUUAUUAAUCAAAGUGA